AUGGCCCUGCAACCUUACGGGGAGGAGGAUUUGAAUUAUUUCAAACUCUCCUCCCUUGUGCUCAAUGAAUUCCCAAGAGCCCUGAGACAGACCUUUAAAACCAUGUGGGACAAAACUCAUGGUCAUCGCCCUGGUUUCCUGCCUUGGGAUGAUUCUACUGCUGUGAGAAAUUUGUUCGCCUCGGAGGAAGGUAGCAAGAACAGAGUUCCCGUUCAUCAGUCUUAUGGCGAAUGGGACUGCACUGCUUUGUUCCAGGCCACUAUCUACUCGCGAGCCUUCGCCUUACAUCAUGGAACGCUAAAUGAAGUGUAUAUCAAGCCUCGUGGACUGUCACCUUCACAUUUUCACCCAUCAGUGAUGAGCGUAACCGGAGACAAUGCGGAAACCUGGGCAUUAGCGAUCGAUCAGCUACGCCUUCUUAGAAAUUUCGUUUGUCACUUGUCCAGUUCUAAGAUGGGAAAAGUGAUUUUCGACCAAUGCGUCCAACGUGCCAAAGAUGCGUUCCUCGCACUCGGAGUUUCGACAGCUCCAAUUGACGCUGUUGGUAGCUUAACGGAAUCAGACUUUCCGACAAAUGAAGUUCGCAGACUCGAGGAAGCAAUUAAAGAGGCGAAUCGAGCGUACAUCAAUUGGCUUGAGAGUAUUAUUUCCGAUACCGCUGACAAAGAGGAUAUCGCCAUGUUGGCACAAAAAAUUAAUGAGCUGAAAACUUUGCUAGACGAGGUUGCUAGUUCAUCAACGUCAGGUAAGUCAUUAAAGGCAACGUAAGGAAAUGUAGAAUCACUGGGCUGUAAAACUUUUCCAGCUCUCGUCAUUUUCUUCUUCAUAAUACACCUGUUUUAAAACGUCCACAACUAGCGCCCACUUCCUUAUUGAAACUAAAUAAUCAAUUUCUUAAAUUAAAUUCUCUAACACCCUUCAGUGGCGGCAGCAGAAGCUUUAAACCGACGUCGAACGCUCUAGAUUAUAGAAGACGAUUGUACUUCUUGGAAGGUGAUAAAGUACAAAGGGGUGUCAGUAAAUGGCAGGGUCGGGGUCUAUCUUUGUUUUCAAAGAAUGCUGUUUUAUGGUUAGGGUUAGGGUUAAUGUCAAUCUAACCCUAACCCUAACACUAUCCCCGAAACAACAUUCUUAAAUAGACCCAGCUCCACGUUUUACUGACAACUAGCACAAAGAGUUCGCAAAGUUUCAGCUUGCGCCCUGGGUGUUCCGGUUCCGACUUCAGACGGCCCGGUGGCUGAGCAUAUAAUAAAAAUAAUAAAAAACAAUAAUCCUCGCAAUCUGCUGGGAUUAUUUUCCUACCCGAGAGGUCAACAAGGAAACAAUGUCAAUGAGUUCAUACUUUUUUUGUCUCCAGUGUAAACGUUCCAGCAUCUUUGUCAGCUUUUUCGUCUACGUAGUUACGUUUUUUUUGCUGUUGUUGCGUUGGUUGUUAUACAGGGCCAAUCAAAAUCGUUCGAUCUUGGUUCGGAUAUAUUAUCCUUCUUCGAUCACUCUUGGUUAAUUUUAAAAACUUUUCAUGGGCUAGCUUUCUAUUCCAGGGUCAAUACUAGAAACGAAACGACCAUAGCAUCAUGUUAGAUAAGUUAACUUCACUCGGAAUGAAUCGCUCUGCUCUCCAGUGGUUUAGGUCCUAUUUAACCAUGCGCGUCCAAAGUGUUUGUACAAAUGGGGGUCUUUUCUUGUCUAAGCAACAGCCUAUAUUUUUCGGGGUCCCUCAGGGUAGAGUACUGAGGCCGUUAUUAUUUAUCAUCUUUAUAAAUGACUUGUCUCUGGUAGUUCGCGGAUGUAGCGUCGAGCUUUAUGCUGAUGAUACUCUUAUUUAUUUUGCAAGCACAGUGAAAGUCAAACUCAGUUAACUAGUGGCCUAACUAAUGUCCUUAGCUGGCUUUACGCAAAUUUUCUCAUACUUAAUCUUAAAAAAACUUAGAUUAUGCUUGUUGGUACUCGUCAGAGGACUGCAGCGGCUGAGUAAUACUCGCUUAGAAAGGGUCGUUGUUUCAUUAGGACAAUGUAGAGUAUGUUGGCAAUAAGAUCUCGUCUAGAUUAGGUAUUCUGCGUCGAGCGCCCAAGGUUCUUCCCAAAUCUACUUGACUGUCUAAUGCUCUAUAAUACUAUUAAUAGUCUUGCCAUUGUUUGACCGUCUGUCUGGGACAGUUGUGGGGUUGGGUGCAAAUCUGUUCUAGAUAAGUUAAACAGACGUGCUGCCUGUAUUAUUGAAGGUCGACCUAUCAAGGCUGAGAAGUUAAAGUCGACACUUGGCUGGCCCGUGCCUACAAGCGCAUAGAGACUAUCUGAAGUGGGAAGCCUAUAAAUGUCUUUAUGGAAUGGCGCCAUUGAACUUCCUUUCGGAGUUUAGGCACGCGCACCAACUUCACGGCUACAACACCAGAAGCCAUGAUUUGCUGCGUCCCUCCUCUUGCGAAAACUGCUAACUAAAGUCAAUCAAGGAAGCCUUAGAAUAAACGGUGAUCGCACAUACAACACUCUACCGGAAAACAUCGGGUAAAUAGAGACGCUCAGUGAAUCUAAAAUUUACCUCAAACGCCAUCUUAGACGAUAAUACCUGGACAUGUUGCCUUGAUAACUUUAAAUUGUAUAGCCGUCUCUUUAUUGUUUAAUGUCUUUGUUUUGUUAGCUUUUUGUUUGUUCCAGGGCUCCAUUUAAGAAUUAAAUAAAUAAUUAAAAAUAGAGGCGUUGACGUUAAUGUUGCGUUCGUCACGUUUAAACAGAUUCUGUGAGAACAGUCAAGAUAAUUUGGAGAGGUCUUUGAACAGAUUAGAAAUACGGUAAAACUACGCCAUCGAGAAAAUUGACUAAUAUCAAUGGAAAAGCAAUCACGUUGGAUUGGUGAUUAGCAUGCUUUGAUUUAAGAUUUCUGUCCUGGUUGAGUAAUUUCACAAAAUUGCAAUAAGCUUCAAGAAAAAUGCUAAAAGAAAAAUGAAAAACUUCAAAUAGCAUACCGUAAACUGCCGCUUAUAAGCUUCCCCACAUAUGAGCCCCCCAGUUAUGGGCCCAUCUACGCCCGCACCAAAUCAACUGUAUUUUUUGACUGAGGUAUUCUCAUUAUAUUUUUGACGACUUAAACCAAAUUGGAACUCGGAAGUGGCCUAUUUAAAUUGUGAUUUGAAAUGACGAGCACCUUGAAAUGUCUCCAAACAGGAUUAAAACUGGCUAUUUUUACAGUAUUUUCACAAACCAUUUUCAUCUGAAGGGUAUUUAAAAUGGAAACCUGUUUCCAAACCUAACUUAUUUUUAUAAACAGGCUGUUUAUAGGGUGUUUUGAAAGAAAAACCGGCUGUUUCAAUGGUAAAAAAUAUACUCCAGAGGAAAAAAAAUUCAACCAAAUUUAUUUUCAAACAGAUUUUAAAUACUGUUUUCGGGGUAUUUUUAAAAAAUUGAUUCCAGCAGUCACGGAUCUGACAAACAAAAUGCAGUAGACAGAUACAGUCAGCCAAAAGAAAUGAGAAGACGUCGUCUAGGCACAGCUCAUUCCGGCUACAAAGGCACUAUUCUUGGAGUUGAGCCAUCUCGACAGAAGUGUUUAAGGGUUUUAUUUAAUUUAAUGUAAUUACAAAGUUUUAAUUAUUUCAGUCGUCGUCAUUCCAGAAGAAAAUUGACGAGAAUUCUCAGUUCUGGAAACAUCUAAUUAUGCACCCAUUAAGUACUUAAUAAGUGACCAGUAACUAUAAACGCCACAAACUUGAUUAUUAAUGUCAUUAAUCCUAACUCCGCCAACAAAACAAGACACUGAGCUGUCAUCCAGUUUGGAGCUAAUGUAUCUCCAAACAAAAACGAACAAUCAGCCUAAAACUUCAUCAGUUAUGAAAGUAUCGAAAUAAGCAAGCAUUUUGAGCCCAUCGACGGGUUUGAUAACACGCUUUGUGUCACAGUGUGAAAGAUCAAUCGAUCUCCAAUAGACUGUUAUUCAUCGAAUCUCUCUGUGUAUAUGUCUAACAGCAAGAUUUUAAAUCAAUCAUUGAUCAGUUACUAAAACUUCUAAAACUCGCAUCAACCAUAACGUAACAUUAACAUACAGUGUAAUCUACAUAAUCUAAUCGAUUUUGACACAGAACCGCAGUUAACCGCGCGCGUAGAACCGGAUACGGUGAUCAAAGAUAAAACAAGGCCUAAACAAAUGAUGUAAAUAAAAGCUCACCUCUUGUGUUGCAAGAAAAACCAAACGCUCAAGACAUUCCGCCACAUCGUUAUCUUACGUUUAUAAAUCAUACUGGAUAAACAAAUUUUAUCAGCCCCUGUGCUCGACUUAGUACGCGCCCGCACUUCCCGCGAAAUAGAGUCACGUGGUAAAACCACGUGCUAAGGAACAAAGCAUCUUUGUAUUGUUUAAAAUUAUGGCGGACAAAAGUGUCGAGUUGCCCUUUAUUGCGCAAAAAGAGUAUUUGUCAACUCUGUGGACUGUCCAGACGCGCAUAUUUUGUUUUGAUCACCAGUCCAAACGUCUCCGAAUCGUCAGCGACUGGGAUUUACUUUUAAAGGAACGGAUCUAAGGUCAACUGGUGGACACACUAACUGUCUGAGUCUUCGCGAUGCGAAUAAAUGUGAGUACGAUUGUUCCUUAUUUUAGAAUAAUCUGUCAUAGGAACGUCUAAGCAUACGCGUUAUGAAAAGGACAGUUGGAUAUAUGGUCUUUCGAAGAGCGCUGUCGAUUAAUUUAUUACCAAGAGCGGGUCAGCCAUGGCUUUUGUUCAUAUGUGUUCGCUUAGGCCUGUUUCAAACGUCGUGCUACUGCCGUGCUAAGCUGGCUCGACUGUAGCUCGACUGCAUCACGACACUAACACGACUUGGUUUCAGACGUCGAAUUUAAUUCACACAAUGACAGUCGAAUGGAACGGCUGUUGCCAAAAACAAAACACAAAAAUAAAGAAACGGUUUAGCAAACUUUUAAUAUAUUCUAAUGUAUUUAUAAUUUAUGAAUUGAGUUCGGCACGGCGGUAGCACGACCUCGUUUCAAACGUCGCGCUAUUGCUGUGCUAAAGUCGAAUUUAAUUCGAUCAACUGAGUUCGGCACGGCAGUAGCAUGACGUUUGAAACGGGCCUUACCGGUCGUUUUGAUACAAAGUAUAUUUCGAUACAAUACAACUGUUCAGAUACAAAUUGAUUCAGUCGAGGUGUACAACCAAUUUUUCGCGUAGUUGACAUAUAACAAAGACAGUUCAUAACAGAAGCCAGCUCAUAUGUUUUUCUUGUUCACGGCUAUAACUAUACAUCAGGUAAUCGCAAAAUUUUUGCAGUUUCACUGCUUUAAGUGCGUAUCGAAACGACUCGUUUCCUUUAUGCAUCAGUCAAUUCCAGCUGCGCCCAGCUCCCCCCCCUCACCCGGGCUACUGCAGGGCAUUUGCCCACCUUUUCAGUAUCGGGGGUGGGGCAUUUGCAAAUUUUGCGCUGCCUGGUAGCCGGGCUUUUGCCAAACCCGGGGCUAUUCCGGAGCUUUUGAAAUGCACGCGGUUUCCUAUCAGAAUAUUACUACACAGAGGAUAUUACUGGAAAAAAGGCAGAUUGGCUCAUCUGUCAAGGACGGGGUUGUAAAGGCAUGUUCUCGAUUUUAUGCAUGCAUUUUUUCAUUGCUUUUCAAGCCAGCAGAAUUACAUAGAGAAACUCGGGAGCUAUCAACGUGAAUCAACGUUUUUUGGUUAGUGAAUUUAUAAAACUAUUCAUAACAUAUAACUUUAUGGUGCUCUAUUAAUUUUAAUGUCAAUAAUUUUAUAUCAAUACUAAAACCUACUAGAAUCCUAGUGCCAUUUUAAAGAUUUCGAAUAAAAAAUCGCACAUUAAAAUGCUUAUAACGGCACUAUUCAACUGUGUGAUCAAUGAAAAAUGUUGCAGUGUUGACGGAGGACGGGGCAUUUGCUCUCUUUUUUUGUCCCCACUGCGGAGGAUUUGACAGCUCUAGAGUCCCCACCCCCGGGUAUUUCCCAUCCAAGGCAAAAAAAAAUGCUAAUGCUCAGGGGUCAGCCCGUCCGCGUUGGUCUGGGCACAGCUGGAAUCGACUGAUGCAUUACAGUCAAUCAAUGAGAUUACAUUAUUGCUCUCAUGCCAAAAUAUAAUGUGUCAGGUUAAUUAAGGUUUGUGUCUGUCCUCUUUACCUCACACAUAGCAAUACCAAAACCACAAAACCAAUGGUGAAUGCUCUGGCUCAGGUCUUACAAGCUUCAAAAUGAUUUUAGUGGAAUCAAAUAUUGUGUUAGGUCUUGUGAAAAUGAAUGUAUGUAUAGUUAGCAGGUAAAAUUCAAUAAUGAAAUUAUAUAUUAUAUAUUCUAUUGACUCAGUUGAGCAUAAAGUGGUUAUUUUUCUGUUUGGGAAUUCCUUAGAAGUUUCAGGAACAUGAUAUUUUGACAUUUUAGUUUGUUACGUGUAAACAAUCAGGACCUUAUACAUAUAGCUGGUUUAAUAAAGGUUGCUUUGGGUAUUGGAAAUUGAGUAAUAGUACAUGUAAGCUAUUGUUUGGUGGUCACUCAGGGAAAUCAUUGAACAGUUAUGACACAUAGAUAUAUAUUUUUAGCAACUACUAUAAUUUGCAGUCUGUCCACUUUGAAUUUCAUUGUUUGGUAUGCUCAAAUGCCCAAUAGGCAACCUUUAUUGAAUCAGCUAUACACUGUAGCUUCUGGAGAAGCGACAACCACAAGCUAUAAAUGACAUCCAGUAUUUUUAUUGAUUACAUUCUAAAACAAAAUUUCCUAAUAAUGUCUUGUCUAUACAGAAAAUAUGCAGUGACUUUGUUAACCUCUGCAUCCUGCAUCCCUGAUGCAUAAAAAUUCCCAAAGAAGCAAAAUAAUAACAUUCAUGGCAUGCAUUCCAAUGGACACAAAAGAUCAAUAAAAAAUCUGAACAUGUGUAUUUGUAGAAAUAUCCCGUUCAUUUAUUCUGUGGCAGUUAUUAUGGCUGUUGUUGUUUUUUUUAUAGACAUAUUUAUCGCAACAUUUGCUCUAAGAGCCUAAAGGGCUCAUCUAGAUAGCUUACACUGUUUACAUCUGAAUAUUUUAAAAAUACAAAUGCAUGUCAAGAUCAAACACGCACGCACAAAACAAGUGAAAAAAUAAAAAUAAAAAACAAAAAAAAUGUAUAUAUAUUAUUAAAAAAAUACACACACAGCAGCUAACCGAAGAGAUUUGAUAGCGAAAUAAACGACUGGACAAGCUGAAACAACCUAACGUUAAUUUGAAAAUCAGCAGUAAAAAUACCAUUUAAAAGCCAAUCGAAUUUUUUCUUAUCUGAGGCACAAUGUCAUAUAUUUCCACGUAAUUGUGCUGCGGAGGUAAACAACUUUUCACACAGAGCAGCAAAACUUGGGCAGUAUAGGAAAUGAUGUUUCGCAUCUUCAAUAGAAUCAUCACAAAGAGCAAAGGCAGGCACACGGCAGCAAUUUUUCUGAAAAGGUGAUAACUUAAGGCACUAAAAUUAAGUCUCAAAGGAGUGUGAAAAUUGACGCUGAACAAUCCCCGAUAUAAAAAAGAUAGCUGCGGGAUGGAAAUUCAGGAAUUUUGUUGUUAAGGAUGCAUAUUUCUUUUAGCCUUUGUUUUGCUUUAAAAUAGAAGAACUAUAUUUUAAUUUCAGUGUAACUGCAGUAAUACAGAGUUUUGUAGUCUGUCAAGUCUGCUUAUAACUGUAUGGUCACAUAAAGGCCCAAGCAUUUUCAAUCUCAGACUUGUAUUUUUUUUUUAACUAAGACUCAUUGGUUCUGGACUGGGACUCAUGAUUUUUCACAAGAUGAGUCCCAAGACUCACCAUGACUAUUUGUAACCAAAAUCACUGUUUUAUUUCUCUAGUAGCUUUUUAAUUUUUUCUGGUUCCCUCAGUGUCUAUAUUAACAGAGUUUCACAGUUUGAAAAGUGAUAUAAUGUCAAACAGUCAUGCAGACUGCUUGUGAAAGUAGGACAGUGGCAGGAAAAUUAAUGCCAAAACAGUGCAAUGUAUAAGAACUCUGUUAACAGAUUAAAUUUUGUAUUCUAAUCCCUCAAUUAAUGGUGGACGAAAAUUGCCUUUCCAGUAAUAACAGUACAACUUAAUGAUUGUUGGAUAAAGAGGCUACAAGGAAUGUUAUUACAUUUCGCUACGUUUUGCCAAUUACAGUACUUGUUAUUAUGAAACUUGGCCUUAGAGAAGAAAUUACCUCAAAGCAAUGACGUUUUGUGGCGAAAUUUGCCCAAGGACAUGAAAAACAAAAGCACGGGCUUACAACAGUGAAACUGACAGCGAAAGAAGAUAUCAUCUUCCCGGAUGAAUUGUUUCACCUGAUGGUAGCUUCCUUUAAAUAGAUUUAAAAAGCUACCUUAAACUUUAGGACUGAACAACUCAAUAGCUUUGAGAAGGGUCUUUGUUUUCAUGUUGAUUAAUUUGCCUGUUCACACUCCAAGCCAUUUUAUACGAUAUCCACGAACCAAGGUACCACUGGACUGCUUUCUUGCUACCAUCCAAAUGUAAUUUCAGUUAUCUAUAUCAACAGCUCGUCUUCGACUGCUGAUUGAUUGCAAGGAAUUGAGAGGACUCUGUCCGCAGGAGGGAUCUUCGGGGGUAGUAGUAACCCAGCCGGGAGACCCAGCAGAGCUCCAGGAAGCGGCAUGUAGCCACACCUCUGACGCAGGGACUACGGCUGCAGCAGGUCCAAAAGCAGGGGCUGCAGAGGUACAAAAAUCAAAGGAGCCCAUAGGAGUGGUCCAGCCAACAGCAGAGGUCAACAGUGAUUUUGCACCAGAAAGUUUUGGAAAUUUAGCGGUUCCCUCCUCUCAGCAAAUUUUGAAUGCUAUUGCGUCAAAGUACCUACAGUCACUUAACCCGUCAACACCGGAUGAGUUUAAUGAUUUUAUUCAGUACAUGGAAAAGGUGCGUAAAGUUGUCAUUGUGGAUGUUAAAACUGGAAGUUUGAUAGUCACAGUGGAAUGUAGCUCUCUUGCAAUUAUCGAGGAACUCUGGGAAGACUAUCGCACAGGUCAUCUUAAUGAAAUGGCCCAGAAAUUCCUUGUGACAGAGGAAAUUCUGGAGGAGUUUGGCCUUGCUGAACUAAAACUCACAACAACUAUUAACGAAGAGGAAUACAGAGCUUGUCGUGAACUUUUUUUCAAUCUUCCAAAGAAACCAAAUGCAGUCCCAGGUAAAAAAGCGGAAGCUAAAAGCAUUCCUGAUAGGUGCUUCAUUCUUGGGAUUACCCGGCAUGAACAAGCAGCCCUUCAGUCUAAACAGCGUGCGCUGGACAUCAGAGUUAAAAAGUUUGGAGAAGAACACAAAAGCACUGCAGACGGUUACUACUCUCUGGGGAGAAUGGAACAUAAACUCGGCUACUUUAAUUCAGCCAUUGAGUCUCACCAGCGUGCGUUGGCAAUUCGCAUUAAACUAUCUGGAGAAGAACACGAAAGUACUGCUGACAGUUACUACUCCCUGGGGAUAACACAACUUGAAAAGGAUGACUUAGAACCAGCUCUUAAGUCUCUCCAGUCUGCACUGACCAUCCGUGUUAAACUGUUUGGAGAAAAACACAAAGCCACUGCUGAAAGCUACUACUCAAUAGGGUUAACACAACAGAAGAUGGGCUUCCUCCGACCAGCCCUUCAGUCCUUCCGUCGUGUACUAGCCAUUAAUAUUAAACUGUUUGGAGAAGAACAAGAAAGCGUGCGCACAUCAGACAUUUAUAUCCAUUUAGGGAUAAUACAACAUGAGCUAGGUAACUUUAAGUCAGCUCUUCAUUCUAAAAAACGUGCGUUGGCCAUACGUAUUAGUCUGUGUGGAGAAGAACACAAAAUAACUGCUGACUGUUAUCACUCACUCGGGAUAACACAGCAUAAAAUGGGUGACUUCAAAUCAGCACUUCAAUCUACAACACGUGCCCUGGCCAUCCGCAUUAAAUUGUUUGGAAGAGAACACCAAAGUACUGCUGAAAGUUACUGCUCUCUAGGAAUAACACAACACAAACUAGGUAAAUUCAAAUCAGCCGUCAAGUCUAAACAGCGUGGGCUUGCGGUUCGUGUUAGACUGUUUGGAGAAGAACAUAAAAGCACUGCAGAGAGUUACCACUCUCUUGGAAUAACACAGCAAGAGCUGGGUGACUUAAAGUCAGCUCUUUUGUCUCAUCGGCGAGCUCUGGACAUUUGUUUUAAGCUCUUUGGCGAAAUACACGAAAAUACUGCUGACAGUUAUUACCAACUUGGUAUAAUCCAGCGAAAACUGGGCUUUCUAAGAGCAGCUUUAAAUUGUCAUCAACAUGCGAUUUCCAUCCGUAUUAAACUCUUUGGUGAAAAACACAAAUGCAUUGCUGACAGUUACUACUCACUCGGAAUAACACAGCGAGGACUGGGUGACUUAAAGUCAGCUCUUCGGUCAAACCAGCGAGCGCUGGCCAUCCGUAUCGAACUCUUUGGAGAAGAGCAUAAAUGCACUGCUGACAGUUACUACUUACUCGGAAUAACACAGCUAGAACUGGGUGACUUAAAAUCAGCUCUUGAAUCUCACCAGCGCGCACUGGCCAUCCGUAUUAAAGUUUUUGGAGAAGAUCACAAAAGUACUGCUGAUAGUUACUACUAUCUCGGGAAAACACAGCGGGAACUUGGUGACUUAACAUCUGCGCUUCAGUCUCAUCAGCGUGCGCUGGCCAUCCGUAUUAAAGUUUUUGGAGAAGACCACCAAAGCAUUUCGAAAAGUAAACUUGAACUAGAGGAGAUACAACGCAGAUUGGGGCCGGGAUCAGUUAAAGAAGCUUGUUAA